GUCUGAGUCUUCAGUUCUCUGUCAGCAGGACCCGACAGGAAGACGAGACCUCUGAGGAGAACCCAACAGGUGAAGGAGACUGAGGUCGCUGGUAUCUGUGGGGGACCAGGUAAAGAAGCCUCUGAAGGGCCACCCUGUCCCCUGCCUGUCCUCUGCCUGUCCCCUGCCUGUCCUCAGCCUGUCCUCUGCCUGUCCUCUGCCUGUCCCCUGCCUGUCCUCUGCCUGUCCUCUGCCUGUCCCCUGAGGGUCCAGCAUGCUGCAGCUGUGUAAGGUGACCAGCGCUCUGUUCAUCAGUAACGCUCGCUCCGCCUGCAGCGAGGAGCUCCUCCAGCAGGAGGCGGUGACGCUCUGCAUCAACGUGUCCAAGCAGCAGCCGUUUCCCGCCGGCGGGGGCGUGGCCAAGCUGCAGGUGCCGGUCUACGACGACCCCGCCGAGGACCUGUACCGCCACUUCGACCGCUGCGCCGACGCCAUCCAGCAGGAGGCGGAGCGAGGGGGACGCAGCGUGGUCUACUGCAAGAACGGACGCAGCCGCUCGGCCACCGUGUGCGUGGCCUACCUGAUGAAGCACUGCAGCAUGAGUCUGAGCGAGGCGCUGCAG